UGCUUGGACAUGUGUAUUAAGGAAUCUCUAAGGUUGUAUCCUAGCGUACCACUUUUCGCCAGGACACUUGGAAAGGAUGUGAAGAUAGGAAAAUACGUAAUACCGGCUGGUUGUGGCGUAUUUAUAGCGCCAUAUUGUACACAUCGCUUACCUCAUCAUUUUCCUGAACCUCAUGAUUUUAAACCGGAGCGUUUUAGACUAGAAAAUUCCGAAGAAAGACAUCCUUACGCUUAUAUACCGUUCAGCGCAGGACCUCGCAAUUGCAUCGGAUAUAAAUUUGCUAUACUCGAGAUGAAAUCAAUCAUCAGCGCCAUUCUAAGGAAAUGUCGAUUAGAGCCAAUUCUUGGUAAGGAAAAAGUAGUAGCCAAAUUUCGAAUGACGAUCAGAGCACAUGGUGGACUUUGGGUUAAAGUGAGAGCGCGAUAAAUGAUAGGAAUCAGAACGAUUGGAUUAAUGAAUCAUUUUCAACUUUGAUGACCUUAUAUAGAAAAUAUGACAUCUUAAAGCUUAAUGAAAAUUUAAUAAAAAUAGGAAAUUGUAAUUCUGUUAUUUGUAUCUGACAUUAAAUGUAAACAAGAAAGUAUACAAAUAAAUAUAUUAAAAA